AUAACAAUCAUAACAACGGGAAAAAGAUAGAAAGUGAAAGAAAUCCCAAUAAACCGAUAUUAUACUUUCUACAUCAAGAGUUAUCAGGAUUAGUAGUAUAAUUAUUAUUAUCAUUAUUAGCAAAAGUGAAAUUCAUUAUUGACUAUUCAUUAUAUUCAGUAGUAUAAAACAUGAUUCAAUUUAUCCGGGAUAUUUAAAAUGAUGUAUCAUUAUCAUUAUUGAGAAGAAAAAAGGAAAAAAGAAAAAAAAAAGAAGAUUGUUUCCAAGAUAACAUUGAUCUAAACAUUGAAUGUAUAAAACACAAUAGAACAUAAUAAAAGUGAACAUAGUAAACACAUUCCUGUUAGUAACCAAAAAAAAAAAUGGCUUUUACACAAAUUGAAUGUUCCUCAUCAUAUAAAGCUACAUUAUGUCCACGAACUAUGUCACCGACGACGGUAACUAGAAAUAAUGAUAUUACUCAUGUUAAUGAUGAAUUUUCAACACAUGAUUAUGGUACUAGACAUAAUUCUUGGGAAUGUUCUGAUUUAAAAAAUGAUUUAACACAAAAUGAAGAACUUGGUGAACGACAACAGUAUCAACAAGAACUAUUCAAUAUUCCAUUUCUUUCUUCUCAAAGUAAAUCAUUUCAAAAUUUAGGAUAUACUGGAAGAAAUUUCUUAAAUGAUUUAAAUUCAUCUGAUAUACAAUAUUCAACUAGAGAAAUGAAAGAGGUAGGUAAAACUGAACAUGACAAUAUAGAAGUAUUUUCAUCAGAUAGAUUAACACAUAGUUUAAAUUAUUCAACACUCACUUCAUUAUAUCAUCAUCCUCAUGAUCAUCAAGAUCUUCACUCACACCCCCACCACCACCACCACCAACAACAACAACAACAACAGUAUUCUAAUCAUUUAAAUUAUCCUUCUAAUUAUCAAAAAACCAAUUAUCAUCUUUAUCAUCAACCAAAUAAUGAUCCAAUAUUACAUUCAUCAUUACCUAUGGAUCAUCAUGAAUCAUCUAUUUAUUUUAAACAAUCAAAAGAAAUGAAUAAUACCACAGAAACUACAGUAUCCAAUUAUUCAGAACAAGAAAUAAUAGAAACUAACUUAUUGUCAAAAUUAAACAUACCUACAUCAUUAGAUCAUCUAUCCGCUUCAUCUAAAUCAGCAACAACAACAUUGUCGUCAUCAUUUUCAUCAUCCUCAUCAACAUGUGUACCGAUAGAGUUACAUGUUGGAGAACUGAAUGAAGUUCAUUCAAAUCAUUGUGGUAAUCUAAGUACAGAUUUUAAUUUGAUCAAUAAAAAUGAAAAUGGUUUCACAGAAUUUUCAAAUUAUACUCCAUAUUUAAAUAAAUUAUUUUCAUCGAAAGUAUUAUUUAAUCAUAUACAACAACAACAAUCAUUAAGUCAACAACAUACUACUGAUAAUACUAUAAUGAGUAAUAAUAGUAGUAGUAUAUCUAGUACGACAAAUAUUAUUAGUAAUAAUAUAUAUACUGAUAAGAAACAUUAUGAUUCAAAUGCAUUAUUGUCAACAACUAUUUCAUUCUUUCCUACUAAUACUACUUAUACUACUGGUACAUGUAGUAGUAUCAAUGAGAAUAAUUUAAAUAAUCAUAGAAAUCAUAAUGAUAUAGUAAAUAUGGAUUAUGAAAAAUUUCAACCAAAUGAUUAUAAACUAUUGUCUGAAAAAGGUUUAAUAAAAACAAAGGAACAUUUCACCGCCUGCUGCUCCUCUUCCUCCUCCUCCUCAUCAUCAUCAUCAUCCUCAUCAUUAUCAUCGACUGUGAAGUCUCGUGAUAUAAAAUAUUCUAAUUCACAAAUAUUAAAUGAUAAAAUACAAUCAUCACCAUCAUCUCCAUCUUCUCCAAUAAAUCGUCAACGAAUAAAUGAAAUCAAUAAUCCAAAUGUAAUAGUAACAUCCAAUAAUUCAUUGUAUCGUUGUAUACCUUCCGUUCAUCCUCCAAAGUUAAAUGUUUAUUCACAAGUUAUAAAUUCAACUCAUUCAAAACAAUCAACAUAUCCAAGAAUACCUACAAAUGAUUUGUCAACAGACCACCUUCAUUUUCAUACACGAAACAAUGGUAAUAAAAUUGGUAACAAUAAUAAUAAUAAUAAUUCAUAUCUAUUCAAUGAGAAUUUACCACAUCAUCAUCAACUUUUAUCCAGAUCAACUCAACAUUCUGCUAAUACUCAUUUACAACAUUCAGUUUACUUAAAUAAUGGACAUUUAAGAAAUUUCAAUCAAACUAAUGGUCCAAGUAUUGGACAUACGAAUCAUCAUGGAUUUACUUAUGGUCUUGAUGGUACACGACGAAAAAAUGCAACUAGAGAGAGUACAACAACAUUAAAAGUUUGGUUACAAGAACAUAUGAAAAAUCCAUAUCCUACUAAAGGAGAAAAAAUAAUGCUUGCUAUUAUUACAAAAAUGACAUUAACUCAAGUUUCAACAUGGUUUGCAAAUGCUAGAAGACGAUUAAAAAAAGAGAAUAAAAUGAGUUGGCCACCAAAAUCAAUUGGAAGUAUUAGUAGUAUAGAACAGAAAAGUCCAACAAAUUUAAAUUUUGCACAAAAUUCAAAUACAAAUCAUGUAAAUAAUGAAAAAUCUAUUGAACAUUUAAUGAAAUCCGCUAAAAAUCUUCAAAAUAAUAAAGAUUUAAGUAAUCGAUCAAACGAAGAUGAAACCAUUUUAGAAGGUGAUGACGAUGAUGAUGAUGAACAGAUGGUUGGGGAUGAAACCGAUGAUGAUGAUGAUGAUAACGAAGAUCAUAAUGCUGAGGAUGAUGACAACAGCGACGAUGAUAAUGAUGAUGAUGAUAAUGAACAAAAUGAUAAUGGUGAAUUUGAUGAAGAUUAUUUCAAUUCAUCAAAUAAUAACUUUCAAACAAUUCCAUCAUUUUUAUUGCAUUCAAAUCAAGAUCCUUUAAUUUGUCAACAAUCCAAUCAUCAUUUUAAUUUGACUACACUUUCAAAUGAAAGAAAUUCUGAAAAAUAUAAUCAAAUAUUUCAUUAUACUACUACAAAUACUACUUAUGUUACAUCUUCACAAACAUUUCCACAUUAUACUAAUUUAUCCAAUAUUCAAUAUACUACUAAUAAUAGUAAUCAAAAUGGAUUACAUAAUUCACGUACAAUGAAUGAAUAUUUCUUGAAUAAAACUGAUCAUCUACUUACUACUAAUGAUAAUACUACUCAUAAUAUUAAUAGUAGUACUAAUCAUACUACUAUUGAAACGAAUAUACUAUCUAAAUUACAAUCUCAAUCAAAAUCUAUUUAUGUUUCAAAUGAAAGUAAUUGUUUAGAACAGAAUUCUUUACAUUCAAUAAUGAAAUAUCAUGAUCCAAUUCAUUCCUCAUCAAAUUCAUCAUAUUUGUCUAAUGUUGUACAUUCAUCUACAUAUUUUCCUCCUCCUCCUCCUCCUCCUCCUCCUCAUUCUUCUUCUACUUCUACUUCUAUACCAAUGGAUUAUCAACAUUCAAAUAUUCUAUUGUCAUCGUCAUCAACAUCACCAUCCAAUUCAUUUAUUCAUAAUGAACAUAUACCAUUCACUCAAUCUUUAAUAUUCAAGCAUAAUAAACAAUCAAUAAUGAAUACCGACAUUAUGUUUAAUACAAAAUGUCUUCAAUCAAAUUUUUGUUAAUAUUUACAUCAAUAAUAG